UUUUUUUAUAUUAAGAAAUUAUAAAAAUAAUAAUAAAUUUAAAUAUAAUUUAAAGUUCAUUUCAAAAUAAAGUACGCAAAAGAUAUAAUUCAAUAAAUUCAAUAUUCAAUAAAUGCAAAUAUUAUGACUGAUUUGUUGUCUUCAGUAGACCACUUACUUUAACACUGCGUGGGAUAAGACUGAUAUAUUUGUCAGUUCGUCUAGUCGACUUUCCACCCCUUUACUAACAUUUCGAUUAUUAUAUUUUCAAUAGACGUAUUUAAAUAAAAUUGAAAUUACAAUUGAAAUCCCUCUAGCGGAAGCGUUGUGUAAAUAUUUUUCCGAAGAGGAAGCAUCCAUAAUUGAUUCCGCGUUCAGUUAGAACACGUGUAAGUACUCUUCAGUAAAGUUUAGGAUUUAUUAAAAAUAAUAUAAAUAUGUCGAUGCUAUCAUGCCCAAUUGACAUAAAUAAUGAAUCAGCUAAUAAGAAUUAUAGAAAAAAAAGAAAUAAUUAAAAAAAAACCAUGCAAUUUUGAUACAUCAAAUUUUCAAUCCAGUCAAUUAGGCACUGUUCCGCUUGAAAGUGUUCAAAAUUUACAUGCACCUAUGACGACAGACUGGAAAGAGGAAGAUGUACCAGCCUAUGAUCCUUGGAAAAGUACUGAAAAGAAAAACAUUAUACGAUGCUUAAUAGGAGGUACAAAAACAACGAAGAAGAAAUUCCAACUAGCUGAAAGACAAAGAAUGUCGAAUCUUCUAAAAGAAUGUGAGUUAAAUCUAAAAAAUAAUUUUAAACAUAAAAUAAAUAUCUCGCAACUUAUUAAAAAUUUGAAAAAAUUAAAUUUAGGUGAUAUUGACACUUUAAUAAAAAAUAUUGAUAUGAGUAAAUUAUUUAUAAGCGAAUCUAAUAAAAAUACCUUCAUAAAAAAAAAAUAUACACAAGAAACUAUUGACGAGAUGUUGAUACAUAAAUUUAAAAAGUUGAUGCUUAAUCACUUGCAAAAAUAA